AUGGGAGGCGUCAUCAACCUAAUGUUCCCAAUCGGCUCUCUCUUCCCAACCUUCACACUGGACCGCACCGGCCGGCGGAAACCCAUGAUGUGGGGUUCUCUUGGGCUCGGUUUCUCCGUGAUGAUGAUAGCCAUCCUUUUGAGCUUCCGGUCUGAAGGAGGGGACGUGUCGCAAGCCACUGCGUCCGCCAGUGUCGCUUUCUUCUUCACUGUAAGCAGACUGCUCGUCGCAUUGGAAAUCCUACCGCUACAUGUACGAGCGAAAGGUACUGCUGUCGGUAUCUCUGCGAACUGGAUCUGGAAUUUCUUCGUCGUUAUGGUCACGCCUACGCUUCUCGAUAGCUUGGCGUGGAAGGGCUACCUUAUCUUCAUGGCACUGAAUUUUGCAUUCAUACCGCUGAUCUAUUUCUGCUAUCCCGAGACUGCCAAUCUUACGUUGGAAGAGGUCGACUGGCUAUUCUACGAAGGUGAUGUCGUGAAGCGAAGCCGACGUAUUGCGAAGGAAGGGUGGGAACAGGCGGUCGGCACCGAUCCUGCGACUAUGGUAGAGACAGGGAGUGUGUCCAGCGGUAACAAGGCCGGACAUACGACGGAGAAGGCAGAGCACACGGUACACUAG